AAUGAACUAAACACUUCCUAAUUAAUUCGAAAAGUAGAAUUUUGUAAAUGUAAAAAGUCCCGAUGUUUAUAAUUAUACUGCGAGUGUUUCGUUAAUGGUAUUUUCUGUAACAAAAGCUGUAUAUGUACAAAUUGCGGGAAUACCGAAAAUAACAAAAAAUAAAUAGAAAGUGCUAAAUAAGAAGCCAAAAUGAGAAAUCCAGACGCUUUUUCCUAAAAAUUUUUAGUCGUAAAAUAAAAUUAAUAUGAAGGUAUUGUUUCUCAUAAAAAAGGAUGUAAUUGUACAAAAACUUAGUGUACAAAAAAAUACUGUGAGUGUUUUAAUGCAGGUAUUAAAUGUACUGAAAAUUGUAAAUGUGAGAAUUGUGAAAAUUAUAAGGACGAAUAAAACAUUCCUUAUAUAAUAAAUAAAAAGAUUAAAUUAAAAUGAAA